AUGCCAACACGAAGGGAUCCUGGGGAAAGUUCUAGCUCCAAUCCCAUGGAAAGGGAUCAAGAGCAAGAAGAGGAAGAUAUCUUAUUGCGUGCAUCAUCGUCACAGUUUGUGCCACCACCGGCACCACCAUCACCACCUCCAAAGAAAAAUGAGUUAGAUGAUACUCUUUACCACAUUGCAAAGUUUGUGAAGUUGAUGCCAACUCUAUUUGAGGGCGGUCCAAAUCCGCUUGUUGCGGAUAGUUUCAUGGAUAGGGUGGAGAAGCAUAUUAAUGCCAUGAAUUUAGCAACGGACAAGUUGAAGAUUACAUUGGUUACUUACAAUUUUAUGGGCGAUGCUGAGAUUUGGUGGAAGACCGUUUCUCACACCCAUAUUCUGGAUACUAUGACAUAUGCUACUUUUAAGAAGUUGUACUAUGAGAAGUACUUUUCGGCGCCUAAGCGGAGGGAACUAAAGAAGGAGUUUGAUGGGUUGAAGCAAGGAAGCAUGACAGUUACAGAGUAUGAGAAUAAGUUUACAUCGCUUUUGAGGUUUACACCGGGGAUUGCUAAUGAUGAGGAAGGAAAGAUAGAGAAGUUUGUUGAUGGUCUUCAUCUCACCAUCAGGCCAAUUGUAGCUGCCUCAGAACCGACAGAGUAUGCAAAAGCAGUGCGAAAGGCCUUAGUAGUUGAGGCUGAAAGCAGGGACAGUAAGGCUAUCAAGGAAUCCUACAAGCACAACAGGGGUAUGAGUGCUUUUUCCGAGGGUUAA